AUGGCUCCAAAAAUACAGGCGCUGCCAUCUACAGGUGCUCGCGAAGCAGAUGAAUACGACGAGGAGCUAGAUGUCACUAUCUCAAAAGUUGGCCAAGUGGCGACUUCCAAAGUAUCUCCUCAUGUGUUCAGCAUGGCACAGUCCAAGAUUUAUAGCAGAAAGCAUGCAGAUUGGAGGGAUGACUUCGUUAGAGAUGGUUACGCCAUCGUUAAGGGGGCCGUCCCAGAGGAGCGCGCUCUUGCUUACCGCCAGCGAAUGCUCGACUACAUCCAGAGUUUCGACAACCCCGAGUUGGACCUAAACGAUAGAUCUACCUGGAUUGCGCAGAACUUACCUGCCCACGACGAGCACAACAUUUUUUUUUACUACUGUGCCAGCCAUGAAGAUUUUGUGUGGGAUGUGAGAAGGGAACCCGGAGUAGUUGGUGCUUUCUCCAAGCUUUGGGACACCGAGGAAUUGCUUGUAUCGUUUGAUGCAUUCAAUGUCUCGUUUCCAGGGCGUCCAGAUCGUACCCCUUGGGAGAGCUGGCCGCACACUGACCAGUCUCCCUUCAAGAAAGGUUUACACUGUGCACAGGGAAUAGUCAAUUUAAGCAAGGCCCAAGGCCCAGAAGAUGGCAGCUUGAUUGUGGUAAAAGGCUCUCACAAGUUUGUGGAAGAAUUCUAUGAAAAGGACAUUGGUGAGGAAUACUGGGAGCAAGUGGAUUUUUUCGUGUUCUCGCAGGAUCAGCUCCAGAGUUUUUUGGAUAAAGGAUGCGAAGUGGUCAAGCUUGACGUGAAUCCCGGUGACUUGAUUCUGUGGGACUCGAGAACAAUACAUUGGGGUGGAGAACCCUCCCCAAAGAGUGAUACCAUCAGGACUGCUGUGUAUGCCUCCUAUACGCCCAGAUACUUUGCUACAGAUGAUACUAUUCGGGUGAAAGCAAAGAUGUUUGAAAAUUGGAUGGCCACCACUCAUUGGGCUCACGAUAAUCUGAGGCCAAGAAUUGAUAUUCCUCUGCUUCCGGACGGCACCGUGGAUCCGAGAGAUCGUAAAGAGCCAAAAAAUAAACCAGAGAUUACAAACCAGCUACUCAAACUCGCUGGUGUUUGUCCUUACUAG